CGGAGCUCAAGUCUCCACACAACCUCCGCCGCCGGGAGGACCAACACGUCAGUGACGGCAGCUGACUGCAGAGGAUCUCAUCGCCCGCCGACCGCCGCAACCGCGACCGCGAGCCUCGAUUUUGAACUGAACUGAAAAACCUAGAAUUCUUUUAGGGUUUCCGAGGUUUCUCUUUCUCGCGUUUCCACUGUCUGGUCUUCCCCGAUCGCCGCGAAAGCAGUAAAGAGUCCGCAAUCUUUGCCGCCCCCACCCUCAUCCUCUGCUCUCGUAUCGUCUCCUCUCCACUUCCUCUUUCUCUCCUCUACAAGGGUAUCCACUAUCCAGAAUCACCUCUAUCAUCAGGAUGCGGGAGGCACAGUUGGGCUCCCACACGAUUCAGACGCACGGAGUGAGACUGGCCAGAAAGCACACACACGACUGGGUUGUUCUGAUUCUUCUGGCUGCACUGGUGGUUGCCGUGCAUUACGCUCCCCCGUUCAGUCGAUUUGUCGGGAAGGAUAUGAUGACUGAUAUUAGGUACCCGGUGAAACCAAGCACAGUACCAGCAUGGGCUGUCCCUAUGAUCUCUAUACUCUGUCCCUGGCUCGUCUUCAUAUCCAUAUAUGUUGCCAGGAGAGACGUUUAUGAUCUGCAUCACGCUGCACUAGGUGUUCUUUUCGCUGUGCUGAUAACUGCAGUUUUUACCGAUGUGAUAAAGACUGCAGUAGGGAGACCGAGGCCAGACUUCUUCUGGCGAUGCUUUCCUGAUGGAAAGCAGUUAUACGAUCAGGUGAUUGGCGAUGUGAUUUGCCAUGGUGAUAAAAACUUCUUAAAAGAUGGGCGCAAGAGCUUUCCUAGUGGCCACACUUCGUGGUCUUUUGCUGGUCUUGGAUUUUUGUCACUCUACCUGUCAGGCAAAAUUAAGGCCUUCAAUCGCCAAGGUCACGUGGCCAAACUUUGCAUAGUGAUCCUUCCGCUUCUUCUUGCUUCACUCGUUGGGGUUUCAAGAGUAGAUGAUUAUCGACACCACUGGGAGGAUGUGUUUGUUGGCGGUCUUAUUGGAUUUAUCAUGGCAGUGCUAUGUUACCUGCAUUUCUUUCCUCCUCCAUACCAUGAUCAAGGUUGUAGACCGUAUGCAUACUUCCAUAUGCUGGAAGAACUUCAAGCGGCAAAUUCAAACAACGCACAAAACCAACAGUCCACAGGUGAUCAUCGCAUUGGCAUGUCCGAGCAGCAGCAUAACAGGACAUCAAGAAACGAUUUGGAAUCUGGAACCGUGUAACAUGCCUCCUGCACUUUUACUGAAGUAGCAGCAGCGAUGUACAUUGGACAGUAAGUGCAACCUAACCUAGUAUGCGUGUACUCGACAUGUGUUACAAUCUAUAUAAUUAGAGGUAUAUAGUUUCUCCUUACCCAGUGUUAGCCUGCUUCAUCUUGUGUGAAAUCAGAAGGCAGUAAGGCCUAACCCUAGAUGUUCUAGGUCUACCUGUGGCCAAAUUAGUUGUAAGAGUUGCUAGUGGAGGCACUGAUAAGGAACUUAUUCCAGUAAUAGAAAAACCAGCAGAAAGUAGAGUAGAAAG